CGUUUGCACAAGCCAACGCAGCGAACGAUCUUUUGGUUAAUUUCCCGAAGGGGGGAUUGUUUUGUUAUAUCUUUCUUAUAAUCGCAUGCAAGAAUGGCAAGAAUAUCGGUUAAUAGCAAUACCGGUAUCGUUCUUGAUUUUCAAUUGACCCCGACGAUAUAUUUAUUAGUCCUUUCUGAGCGGGACUUGUGUGAUUUCGCAAGCCUUGCCCAAAGAUGGGUAAUAUUUUACCAACAAUGGGAGGAGGAAUGCGAAGAUCAGUGGGUGUUUCAGUAGCUGAAAACACCGUUCGCACAAACCGACACAACGGACAACUCCUUUGUUUAAAAUUUAAGCAAUGUUUCUAUCUUAAAAACCGUAAAUGAAAUCGAUGAUAGGAGGUUUUGAUUCAAUUCUCGAGGACAACGAGAUUGCCAGAGAAGAAGAAAGUUUUUUAAAUUUAAUUUGCUUACCUUGAGGAAAAGGUGCUAUCGGGUGCCAUCACUCCAGCUGUCCCGGUGAUCGUCGAAGGUUGUUGGGUUUAUUAUUUAAUCUCGAAUAUAGUUUUCUAUCAACCUUUACUUUAUUAAACUAUUUCGAUACAAAUUGAGUGACUUGCUAACUGAAUUGAUAUCGUAAUGAAGACUUAAAAUUUUACUUUAUUUAAUCGCGACUCUCUUUUCUUUAUCGAAAAACUAAAGACCCCGAAACGCAAAAUACUUAUACAAAUUUCUAGACGCAAAGAAUAAUGAGCCGUAGUAACAAACGAUCGCAAACUAAUGAACGAAUAAUGAACUGAAGAACGAAAAAAGAAUUAAAGAACGAAUAAUGCACGAAUAAAGAACGCCGCGCUAUGUUGCAUCGCUUAUUUAUAAUGCCAUCCCCCACGGGGUGGUAGUCCGCUGGGGGUACGCUUCCGUGGGAAUCGGGAUGUUGCAGUUUGGGCUUCUUGGAAUCGUACGUGACAAAAUGUAAAUUCCAUAUUUCGACUUAGUUUUUUAUCAGUCCUGUGUUUCCGCUGAGCUAGCGUCUAGGAGAUUUGAAGCAUUCCACGCUGAUCUAGUCCUUUCCGCGAGAAACUUCCACGUGCUGUACCGUGGGAAUUACCGGUGUUUCUUCGGCGCGUGGAAGGGCUGGUGGCUGCAGCAUCAUUAUCAUUUUAAAGUUUGCUCGGGCAACACGCGCAACUCCGCUGCUCUCCCAUAACAAAGACCUCCUCCUUCGAAUUGUUUUGCGUAAGUUUGGAUGUUUGCAUAUUAAGAUUGUUUUGUGAUUUUGAUUGUUUUUCCCUUUUUUGCUAUUUCCUUAGGCUUCGGUGAUCGACGUUCGAACCAUGUUUGCUGAGUCGUUUCUAUCAGAGGUUCCUUUCCAGACUUCCCUGCCCAAGCGAAAGAGGGAUUCCGAAGAGCCCAUGGGCGACUCGGGGGAACCCAUCAAGCGCAUGCGGCCUUGUGAUGGACCACGAGUGUCGGGGAGUUUGGAGGAACUGUUUUACAUUGGUGCCGAGGCUGUGUCGAAAUUGGGUUUUGACGAUUUGGUUACUUUCGACGAGAAUUUCUUUGAUGCGGAGACCGUCAUAUUGGAGAGGGAACCCCCUCUGGUUGAAAUCGUCGAUACCGAGCGUUGCGUGAAAGUUCGUUUUGCGAAUGAAAUUCCCGAAGAGGUUUUGGAGGCGCAUCUUCGUCACCAUGCUUCUGGGAGAAAGGGAAUUUCCCCUGUUGUGCGCUAUUGGUGUAUGUGUGAGUUCAGCGAACUUUAUCCCGGAGCUCCUUGCUUCGAUUUUGAUUUAUUGUAGCUGCCUCAAUUUUGUUGGUUCGCUGUUUUGAUGUUCCUUAUUAUUAUUAAUUUUGUGUUCAAUAUGUGUAUAUAUAUAUAUAUAUAUAUAUAUUUUAGUCUGAUAGUGUUAGGUUAUCUAUUUUACAUUUGUUAAUUUUUUAAUUUUUAUAUUUCCCCCCUUUUAUUUAAAUAUAUAUAUAUAUUUUUUUAUAUUUGUAGUUGCCCAUAAAAUUUAUUAAAGAAAAGUGUUAACAAUGUG